AUGGACCAGUCUUCGGGGCCAUUAUGGCCACGGCUUUUGCUUGCUUGUUGUCUAAUGGGCACCUCGCUUGCUCAGAAAGACCCAACUAACAAUUUCUGUCGGCGGUUUGGUCAUCAGACUGCUGUGGUGGAUAGGAAGCUUUACAUUGAUGGGGGCAUCAUCAACUACCAACCACCCAGGGAGAACUUUACAAAUACCUUCUUCACAUACAAUGACCUCGACUCUGUCUCUGAUGAGGCCAUGCCCGAAUUCCAUACCGGCCUGUCCAAAAACGGAACAAUACCCAGCGUCCAAGGCGGUAUUCUGUGGGAAGACUCGAUCAACAAGCGACUUUACCUCUACGGCGGCGACUACGAAGACGUUCCGACAGAACCUUUCAGUCUGUACAGCUACGAUAUCCUCUACGAUGAAUGGCACAACUACGGCUCUCCUCCGAAUUCAGUCAAGGCUGCCAGUUACGGUGCUGGAGUCUCGGUACCAUCGAGAGGCGAGGCAUAUUACUACGGUGGGUGGCUCAGUGAGAAGUCUGUUCAAGAUUGGGAAGGCGAUAGACAGACUUCAAGUGGGCUGAUCAAGUAUACCAUGGACUCGAACAAAUGGAGUAACGUCAGCGGCCCGGACGAUGUGGGAAGAGCCGAGGGCUCUAUGGUUUACCUCCCAGUCGGAGACGAUGGGAUGCUGGCAUACUUUGGAGGUGGUCAGGACUUGUAUGGGAAUGGGACUCUUGAGCCUCAGCCCAUGAAUGAGAUCUUACUAUACGACAUGGCAAAUACGAGGUGGUAUACACAAAAGACAUCUGGAGACGCACCGGGUGAUAGACGGAAAUUCUGUGGCGGCGCGACAUGGGCUCAGGAUCGGUCAAGUUACAAUAUUUACAUCUUUGGAGGUCGAGGUUUCCCUCCUUUCGAAACUGGUUACGAUGACAUUUACAUCCUCACCAUUCCAAGCUUUCAGUGGAUUCGAGGGCCAUAUCCAGGCUACGAAAAUGGUACCGGAACUUAUCCCAAGAGUAUGAUGAGUUGCAACGUCGUCGACAACGCCCAGAUGCUUGUAAUCGGCGGGAGCUAUGCAAACGCCACGGAGAAAAUUUGCGAUGUACCACCUAUUCAGGGCGUACACAACAUGAACUUGGGCAAGCAAAACGAGGAGGAUGCCAUUUGGGCACGAUACCAAGACGAUCUGACCACGUAUGAAGUACCGGAUGAUAUUAGAACCGCGAUCGGAGGCAGUGCCACAGGUGGUGCGACCGAGACAACACCCGUCAGCGGUUUUGAUGACCCUGAUUUGGAAGUUCUCAUGGGACGCACAGCUGAGUCGGGCACAAGAAGUGCGACGCGAGCAACUUCAACAAGUACCAAAACGCCAUCACCAUCACCCUCAGACGAACCAUCAUCAUCGUCAUCCCUCAGCGUUGGAGCCAUAGCAGGGAUAGCGGUUGGCUGCAGUGUCGCCUCUAUCCUGGCACUUCUAGGCUGCGGGUUUCUGAUUUAUCGCAGGAGGAAGCACUACAGCGGACCUCGCGGCGUGGCGGCGCCACCACCGCAAGGUGAGACGGCUAUGGUGCACAAUCCCAUGAGCCCUGGUCAAUCAACUUCGCCUGGGGGCUGGGAUCAACACCACGUAUCAUCACCUGCAGGCACGACUCCGUCUCACGGCGUUGAAUCAGUGGUAUGGCCCGCUCAUAAUCGUUCUGCAUCGGAGCUGACGGGUUAUCCUGACUUGAAGAGUAACAAUCGACCUGUCGAAUUGCCUGCUGAUGGGGGUAUGCACGAAGUGAAUCACAAUGGACUUUCGCCCUUGUCGAAUGCGUCACCACAACAAAGUGAGUGGUCGUAUCGACAUUAA